AUGGCCGCCCCCAAGAUCAUCCUCUACACAAACCACCUCUGCCCCUGGGCUCACCGCGCUCAUAUCGCCCUCAAGGAGCUUGGUCUCGAGUAUGAGGAGGUGAUUAUUGACCUCGACACCCCGCGCGAGCCCUGGUACCUCGAGGUCAACCCGCGCGGCCUUGUUCCUACCAUCUCCUACAACGGCACCGCUAUUCCCGAAUCCGCCAUCGUUGCGCAGCUCCUCGCCGACGCCCACCCCAGCCACCUCCUUCCCGCGUCUAACACCCCCGAAGGGGCCAUCCAGCGUGCCCACGUCUCCUUUUUCGUCGACACCUUCAUCGGCAAGGUCUGGUCGCAGGCAUUCGCGGCCCAGAAGGCUGCGAGUGAGGAAGAGCGCGCCGCCGCAACUGAGAGCAUUGUCGCGGCUAUUGAGAAGAACAAUGUCGAGGGUUUGCUGUACCCGGAGGGGACUGGGUCAGGACCCUUUUUCCGCGGUGCGGAGAAGUUGACGCAGGUCGAGGUUCUGACGGGAAGCUUCCUGCUGCGAUUGCUCUCGUUGCACAAGUAUGGUCUGCUUUCCCCAGAGCUGCCGAGCCAGUUGGAGAAGCGGGUACCGAAGUUCUAUAAAUGGGCGCAGGAGGUCGUCAAGCAGGAGAGUGUCAAUUAUAUCUGGGAUGAGGAGAAGGUUGGCACUCGGACAGCGAAGAAGUUCGGCGCUGCAAAAAAAUGA